AUGGUUGCCACUAUCCAACGGGCGCGGAAGACACUACAAUGCCACGAUGUCGACAAGCGUGGAUAUCUCAUUCUGCAAGUGCGGCAUCACUGGGAUACUUCAGAACUCACACAACUCCUACGCGGCGCCCAGGCAUUAGGCCGGGACGAGAUCAAAGGCUUUGCACUUGCUCAAGGAGACGCCGACUGUCUACACGCGCAGGUAGCCGCAGAUAUCUCGCUCGACCUCUGCGACGUGGAUGGGUUCAGCGCAGCUGGUGUAUCCCAGCAGUUCAAGGAAGAGUUCGAGGAGUGGAUAGCAAGCCCCCCGACCGCGUUCGAUACCUGA